CUCUCUCUCUCUCUCUCUCUCUCGGCACAUAAGAAUUAUCGCCACUUGUUCUUCUCUCUCUCUCUCUCUCUGCGCGCGCGCGCGCGCUCUUUUGCUUAAUAAUCAGGGGCCAAACAAUGAAUGAAGUUUAGGCUCUCCUUUGGAAAUGAUCUCCAGCUACUGAUUUGGUGCUCGUCGAAUGCGAUCCAAUUUGGAGAAUGCCUUCAGUUUCUCAUCCUCCACUAACGUUUACCUGGAACUUGGCUACCGGAAUUUCAGCUUCGGAUCUCCUUCAUUGCUCGAGUAAUGGUGUUGUUUGUGUGCCUUUGAAAUCUCUAGGGAGGGCUCAAUUUGGUGCAACAAGAAGGGAUUUUGCACUCUCUGCGAAGAAUAGAAAGGGAAAGAAGCACGAGGAUCCAAUUCCAUGGUCUAAUGUGGAUCCUAAUGAUGAUGGUGAAAUACUACGUGCUAUCUCACCUUUCAAGCCUUUGAAUGAGGAGCAAAAGCCAGUUAUUUUGGAUUUUGAGAAGCCUCUAGUGAAUCUGCAAAAGAAGAUAAUGGAGGUACAGAAGAUGGCGAAUGAAACUGGUCUGGAUUUUACUGGUGAAAUUAAGUUGCUUGAAGAAAAGUACGAACAGGCUCUAAAGGAUCUGUAUUCAGGCCUGGAGCCAAUAGAGAGAGUACAUAUUGCUCGGCAUCCUCACAGACCAACUACGCUUGAUCACGUGUUCGAUAUGACAGAAAAUUUUUUUAUAGAGUUUCACGGCGAUCGUGCCGGUUAUGAUGAUCCUGCUAUUGUCACUGGUCUUGGACGUAUAGAUGGACGAAAUUACAUGUUCAUGGGCCAUCAAAAGGGUAGAAAUGCGAAGGAGAGCAUUCAGCGCAAUUUUGGGAUGCCAACUACACAUGGUUACCGCAAGGCACUGCGUAUGAUGUAUCAAGCUAAUCAACGUGGAAUUCCAAUUAUUACUUUCAUUGACACUCCGGGGGCAUUCACAAACCUAAAAUGCGAGGGUGAUGCUAUGGCUCAAAACUUAAGAACCAUGUUUGGUCUUAGGGUACCAAUUAUUUCCAUUGUCAUUGGGGAAGGUGGUUCUGGUGGCGUGUUGCCCAUUGGCUGUGCUAAUAAAUUGUUAAUGCUCCAAAAUGCAGUUUUCACUAUUGCCAGCCCAGAAGCAUGUGGUUCAACUUUAUACAAAAGUGCAAAAGAGUCUCCAAAGGCUGCUAAGAAGAUUAGGAUAACUGCACAAGAAUUGUGCGAGCUAAGGAUUGCAGAUGGAAUCAUACAGGAGCCACUUGGCGGGGCUCAUGCUGAUCAACACUUAACGUCACAAAGAAUAAAAUCUGCAAUCACUGAAACAAUGGAUGAGCUCUUAAAGAUGGACACACAAGAGUUGCUACAACAACGCAGGUUGAAGUUCCGAAAUAUUUGCCUGUACCAGGAGGGAAUUCCUGUGCCGAUAAAAAAAGAAAAGGGAAUUCCAGUAUAUCCAAAAAGGAGAGUCACUGUGAGAAGGAGAGAGAAACCCACUCUUGAUGAAAAGAUAGAAAAAGUCAUUCCAAUAAAUGAUAAAGAAAAACCUAUUUCUAAGAAAAAGGAAGGAAAACCUAUUCUCAAACGUGGAAAGACUUCGGCCGUGGCAUUAGAGGGUGAGGUUGAAAGAGUAAAACAACAAAUUCUGAAUGCCACGCAGUCGUCUACUGAUGCUCUAGAGUUGGAUCUGAAUGAUAUGAUAAAUAAGCUGAAAGAAGAAGUUAAACGUGAAUUUUCCAAAGCAGCUAAAUUCAUGGGCUUGAAGGACAACAUCAUGAUGCUUCGGAAAGAAUUUGCAAAAGCAAGGAAUUCAAAGGACCAGCCCGUAAAUCUGGCCAUAAAGGAUAAGAUGGUGAAGCUUGUGGAUGAGUUCAAUCAAGGAUUGCAUGCAGCUCCUAAUUAUGAAAGCCUGAAAUACAAGCUUGACAUGUUGAAUGAAUUGUCUGAAGCCAAGAAUCUUUCUGAGAAGAAUGCGAAACAAGAUACACUACGAAAGGAACUCGGUCAUAAACUCAUUAAGGAGUUGAAGUUGGGCGUGGAGGAACUCCACAGAGAAAUCAACCAUGUAAUUGAAGGUGUUGCCAAUUCAUCAGAUCUGAUGAACAAGAUUAAGGAGGUGAAGUUGGUGGUAGAAAAGGCGGGAAGAACUCCUCCGGAUUUGGAGUCGAAAACUAAGAUAUGGGCUCUGGAACGAGAAAUGAAACGGAGUAUUGCUGAGGCUAUAAACUCCUCCGGAUUGAAAGAGAAGCAUGAGAAGCUGGAGGCGGAGAUUGAGGCGCAGAUUUCUGAGGCCAUUAGAUCAAAUAGUGGGUUGAAUGGGAGUUUGGUUAAAGGAAAUAUGGAAGAACUGAUUCCAAGGGUGAUGAAGCAGAAGCGUCUGAGGUCAGUUGAACAGCAAACCAUGGCGUAGCUUAAUGUGAUUUUGUUUUACGAAUAGAUCAGGGAAUUGAUAUUUCCAACCUUUAUUCAUCUUGCAUCGUCUGGAAACAGAGUCUGCAAGGUUUUGCAUUUGCACCAGCAUGAGAUGGCAAGGACGGACAUUUUCAAUUUCAGGUGGGCGAGUGUACAUGCAGGAAAAAUGGUUUAUUGAACUUAGAAUACUUCAGGGGUCAAGCCUCAAUAAUUGAUAAUAUGUUGACAAACGCUACUGAUAAAGGUGAUUAAAAAAAAUCCUACUAAUAAAAGGGAUAUUUUGAAAUUUGGAGAGACUGAGGUCGUCCCUCAGUUCAUCCGAGAUAGAGAGAGAGAGAGAGAGAAGAACGUUCUUUUGCUUAUUUUUAAACUGGAUUUUUUCCUUAUUUUAACCAGAUAAUCUUCUGGCCGUUUC